AUGGCGGCUGGUUCGGGUCGGAAUGGGCGGAGGAAGGAGGCGGUAGCUCGGACGGGCGAGGCGGCGGCGGCCAGGCGAGGCCUCAUGGUGGCUGGGACGAGCUCCGGCAGCUCCUGGAACUCACGGACAGAGAAGUAUGGACCUGAGAGGGUUGUUGAUACUGUUAUCACAGAGGCCGGCUUCUCUGGAGUUAAAGUCGGCAUUGCUUUCUAUGGUCUCAGGCCUGUGGUGGAUUUUAUGACCUUCAAUUUCAUUAUGCAGGCGAUUGAACACAUUAUAAAUUCUGCUGUAAAGAUGAACUGCAUGUCAACUGGCGAUAUAUCAGUCUCUAUAGUUUCAAGAGGAGCUGCAGCAAGAGUCGAUGCCCGACUCUCCCAAGCUCUACGAAGAUGUCGCAAUCCCAACUGGAGGAAGCUUUGCCGGAUCCAGCUUCAUGAGAUUACUCAUCACCCUUAG